AUGACUCGCUUCCGCCCCUGCAUCGACCUCCACGCCGGCUCCGUCAAACAAAUCGUCGGCGGCACCCUCACCACCGACUCCUCCGCCCUGAAGACCAACUUCACCUCCGAGCACCCGGCCGCCUACUUCACGGAGUUAUACCGGGAGAACGACCUCCGCGGCGGCCAUGUCAUCAUGCUCGGGCCGGGCAACGACGAGGCCGCGCGGGAGAGUCUGGCGGCGUGGCCAGGCGGUCUGCAGGUCGGCGGAGGGAUCAAGGAUGGGAACGCGCGCGAGUGGAUCGAGAGGGGGGCGGAGAAGGUCAUCAUCACCUCCUUCCUCUUCCCCUCCGGCACCUUCUCCCUCGCGCGGUUAGAGUCCGUGCUCGCGAACCUCGACGGCGACCGGAGCAAGCUCGUCAUCGACCUCAGCUGCCGGCGCGUGGGCGCGGGCUGGCGCGUGGCGAUGGACAAAUGGCAGACGAUUACGGAUUUCGAGAUCACGGCAGAGAACAUCGCCCUCCUCGAACCCUACGCCGGCGAGUUCCUCAUCCACGCCGCCGACGCCGAGGGCCUGCAGGCGGGCGUCGACGAGGCGCUGGUCGCCCACCUCGCCGCCAUCUGCUCCAUCCCCGUCACCUACGCGGGCGGCGGCCGGAACCUGGGCGAUCUGGAGCUGGUGGAGAGGUUGAGCGGCGGGAGGGUCGACCUCACGAUCGGGAGCGCCUUGGAUAUCUUUGGCGGCAAGGGAGUGACUUUUCGGGAGUGUGUGGAGUGGAACCGCGGCCGGUAG